GUGUCUGCGUGUGUGUGUAUGUGUGUUUGUGUCUGUCUCUAUGUGUGUGUGUGUCUCUGUAUGUGGAUAAUUGUGUCUGUGUAUGUCUGUGUCUGUGUGUGUCUGUCUGUGUACCCACACAUGAAUGAUCACAAGGGCACAGUGAGGGGAAGGGGUCUGUGGGACUGAGGGCCACGGUGCCGUGUAGGACCUGGGUCAGGGAGGUCGGGGUCCUGGCAGGAGAUUCCUGCUUAAAUUGCAGUGACAGGCCUUCCGGGUAAAGUGCUCGCAGCGAGGAGGAUCCAGGUGCGCAGUCAGUACGGGAACCUCACAGUAAUCUCAGUUCUUUCCGUGCUGGGAGGGUCACUCGAGGGACGCCUGACGGGAGACUCAGCGAGCCAGCCCCGCCCUGGAAUGUCCUCCCCGACUAGGUAGGCUUGCAGCCCUUCCUGUUGCUGUGGUGGACAGGAGGGGGGCUUGUAAGGAAUGAAAGGCCCCAAACGGAGAUGCUAGAGAGGGUAUCUAUCAGCCCUGCUCCCCAGUCCGCAUUCCUGGAGCUUCUCCCUUACAGAGACUUCAAAGACCCACCUUGAUUAAGAUCUGGAGGUGGGGUCAGGCCUGGAGUUUUCAAUUUUCACUCUGAACAGAGGGCUUCAACCUCUGAUUAGUGAAAGCUUACAACUGUAAUCACACAAAAAUUAUACAUAAAAAUGCUCACUGAGGCUGAUUCAUUACAGAGAAAAGAAUUAAAACCUAGUGAUGCUCCAGUGGUAGGAAAAUGGCUCAUUAAAUUAGAAUAGUUGUAGGAAUGUUACAUCGUCAUUGAACAUACAUAACAUGUAGCAAUGUGCAAAACUGCCUUUGAUAGAUGCUGUCGUUGUUUGAAAGGUAGGAUACAAAAGUAUAUGUUAAAACUAUGGGUUUUGGUUUGUUUGUUUUUAUGAUUCAUUAAACAAACUAGAAGAAAGUAAGCAAAAUGCUAUUGCUGGUUGUACUAAGGGCAUGGGAUUAUGAGUAAUUUGAUUUUUUCAUAUUCAUGAUGUAUUUAUACUGCUAGCAAAAUAAUAUUUUCCAACAAAGAUGUAUCAUUGCCAAAGGAGUAAGACACAGGCACCUGGAAUUUCAGAAAUGGUCUAUGCAUUCAUAGUCCACCUACUUUGGUUAAUUAAAACAUGUUUUGGGCUAAAGAUUUUCUUGACUCAAGAAGAAUGUUAUUAACGGGUACACAAAGGCAGCAAGGAGAACUUGAGGGCGAUCGAUGUGUGAGAACGCAUCGCUGCAGGUGUGUCAGGACUUUCCGUGUAAAAUUACAGCACCAGUCAAUGGACCAUCUGCUCCUAAGCAGGUGCCUUAAGAACUUCCAGCCAGAAACAACGUACGAGCCCGGGAGGCAAAGAAAGCCUGAGGAUUCCAUUUUGAAAAGGGUCCCCCUUCCCGGCUCUGUCCAGUGUAACUGAUGUAUGAGACAGUGUAAGUUAAGAGGCGUGACAUGUUGCAUUCACUAUUGCAACACGAUGGCCACCAUCACGUCAGGUAACAUCUCCAGCCCGUCACUGAAGUACUGCUCUUUGGUGAGAAUUGACGAGCUACUGUCCCAGCAACUUCGAGGUAUAAGAUACAGUACUGUUAGCUGUAAACUCCAUGCUGUACCUUAGACCCCAGAAUUUACUCAUCGUAUAACCGGAUGUUUGUACUGUUUGCCCACUCUCCCCAUUUCUCCCAGCCUCUGGUACCCAUCGCUCUACUCCCUGCUUCUCUGAGUUCAGGGGAAGAGCAGUUUGUAAGUUAGGACUUGCUACUGAGGUGCCGGUCUUUGGCCGAUGAGUCCAGGCCAGUAGGCGGUUCCCGGCAGGAGGAUUGCACCGCUGACUGGAUGCAGGAGCGAGCCCUGCACUUUCCCGACGGGCUGAAGUCACGCCAGGGCCCGGUGCACCUCGUGUGGAUGUGAAGGCCGCCGUCGGGCUCCUAAUUCUGCCUGUUUGUCUUAGAGGAGCUGCUGGCUCUCAGUAAGGCGGGGUAACGCCCCAGAGGCCUCCCGCUCAGCUCCAUAGGAGGCUCAGGGCAGCCCGGCUCAAUAAGCUCCGCUCCUCACCCUCGCACCCUCACGGGGUGGCCUUGGAGUGAGUCACUUGCUGCUUUUCUUGGCCACUGGGAGCUGAGCGGCUGGAGGCCCUUCUGCUCCCCGCUUUGCCUGUACCAGCUCACCACGUGCCGGGCUGCCUGGUGUGACUGGCUGUGCAAACCAUGCUCCGGAAACAGCACGUCUGUCCAAUGAGGGCUUCUUGCUAAAGAGAAGCAAACAGAUCAACAGCCCUUCCCCGGAGGCCGUCCCGGUGUAUUUGACGGAGAGCAGUUGGAAACUCUCUGGUGAUGUUGAACUCUGACCUCUUGUUAUCUCUCUCCGGGCUUCGGGGCGUCUGGACUUGCUGAAUCCCCAGGGCUGUAAAUUUCAUUCCCGGAAGCCAGCUGGCUUUUCAGCAAUGUUUCUCUCUUUGGCUCCCUUCCUCUCUCCCUACAAUCAAUAAAAACACAGCCUCAGGCCAUGGCGCAGGCAGACGGGCGCCCCCAGCCCGGGGCGGGGCAGCCCUACGUGUUCAAGCUGGUCCUCCUGGGAAGCGGCUCUGUGGGCAAGUCCAGCCUGGCUCUCCGAUACGUGAAGAACGACUUCAAGAGCAUCCUGCCAACCGUGGGGUGUGCGUUCUUCACGAAGGUGGUGGAGUUGGGUGACACGUCUCUGAAGUUUGAGAUCUGGGACACGGCUGGCCAGGAAAAGUACCACAGCGUCUGCCACCUCUACUUCAGGGGCGCCAACGCUGCACUGUUGGUGUACGACAUCACCAGCAAGGACUCCUUCCGCAAGGCUCAGCAGUGGCUGAAGGACCUGGAGCGGGAGUUCCUCCCUGGAGAAGUCGUGGUGAUGCUGGUCGGCAACAAGACGGACCUCAGCGAGGAGCGGGAGGUGACCUUCGAGGAAGGCAAGGAGUUUGCAGAGAGCCAGAGCUUGCUGUUCAUGGAGACCUCGGCCAGACUCAACCACCAGGUGACCGAGGCCUUCAGCGCCAUUGUUCCUGGGGGUGCCCGGAAGCUGGCAUCUCUCCGAAGAACCACUUCCGAAAGCCCGUGGGAGUCAUUCAGGAGAGGACCGGUGUCCAUGGCCUCACCACCUGCACCCAGACACAGAGUCCCAGUGCCCAGGCCGGGUGCACCUGCCCAGCCUGGCUGCUCAUCCACCCUGCUGCUCCCGCCUCCGAGGAAUGAAACGGGUCAGAGGGAACAGGGACCUGGUGCUGGGCAAGGCCCACCUGCUUCUGGGAGUGGGGACAGGACGGAGCAGGCGCAGCGGGAGGUGGCAGUGCCAGGGGAAAUGGAGUGGCAGUUUUCUAAAAAAAAUUAAACUGCUUUCUAUAA